GGGUCUCAAUAGUUUCUGUGCCAACGUUCCUGACAUAGUUGAACACUCCCCAAGAACAUUCCGAUGACUAAAUAACGUAAGUUGAGAAUACGAACUUCGCAUCCCUCAGCAAUCCCGAUACAUAAAAUUCAUCAUAUUUAUUCGUGGCUUUUCCCCUUAACAUAGUCAGAGGUUGCGCUGCAAAUCUUGAUUGGCUUUUGCCCGUAAAACGGCGAAGGUUUAGGUCCAGCGACGCUCAAAGCACUCAAAUAAACAGCCGGCUGGUUUUCCUCUUUCUACCUUUAGAAUAUCCCUUCUUGCAACAUAUUUAUGAUAUCUGAAGUCUAUGCCGCUUAUCUUAGUCAAGAUAGAUUGAUUAAAUUUUCUCGCUAAAAAAGAAAGAUGGUCGAGCACUGCGAAAUGCUUGAUGCUACAAAGGUUUUUUCCGGUUUAUAGAGAUGAGAAACGACCUUCGGCGACAGAGUGCACUCUUUGACUGCGUUCUAAACAAGAGACGAUAUGAAGAAUUUCAGCGAAGAUCCGAACUACUUUUUGAAGCCCCCUGUCGGCGAUACGUACGAAUGGGGGUAUCCGUGUUCAGUCGACAAGCUGCCGUUAGGGGCGCCGCUCAAUCAGCGUUUUAUGCCGAAUACUGGAGGCUUAGAUUGGGGGUCGUAUCCGAAUAUGUACCCGACACAAUGCGGAACGACUCUGGUAAAGCUGGACUCUGAAGCAACGUCGAACUCAGAUUUCAAUGGGGCACUGGAGUACGUCUGGAUGCCCGAUAAGGCAGUGAACUGCAUGGCUGUACCCGCGCCCCACGAUUUUCUCGCCAGAGAAAAAUCCCGCUUCGGUGGUAUGAGCGCGCAGUGGUUUCGGGAUAGGCGGGUAAGGAGUCGCGAAGAGAAAUUGAAUUGAUUGCCAACUACUUUCAUAUCUAUGAAAUUGAAUCAAUGCGAGAAGAUCUUCGAGUAGUUAGCUCUUUACAUCCUGGACAUGCUUUAUUUCAUCAGGCCCAGUACUGUAGCUGAAUUCAUUGAAACAAAUCCUAAAACAGAUGCGGGGUGUAAAAGAGCAACUCGGAGGAAAGAUUAUGGGAAGUUCUUUGCUGAAUACACCCUACAAAGCUUUCGCAUCAAAAGGGCGAACGGAUAAUCCUCUCUUUGCUUUUGCUGGUGUGCAGGACGGACCGGGAAAGCGGCCUACUUUGCGCAUUCGCAAAGGCGGUUUCGGAAAUGAUAUUGUGUGGCGCGACCAGCCGUCUACGUGGAGUCGGCUCAAAGGACUCGCGGGUAUGCCUCUAAAAACGUUGCAGAAUUUGUUCACGAACGCCGACAAGAAGUUGGACGGGAAAGAAUGGUGGCCAGGUAUCCAAAACAAGUACAUGGCGGCGUUCAUGUGCCAAAACAUGAAGGACUGCGCGUAUUUCGUCUUUGAUGAGAACAAAAACCGCAUGCAGAUGUGCAUGGGGCAAGAGCUGAAGCCGCAGGAGGAGGCCGCGGCGGCAGCUGCAGGCGGUGGCGAGGACACUGCUGCGGCGACUCCCGGGAACAACAUGGCGAAACCACAUCGAGGUCGGGUGUUCGGAUUUCACAUGGCGAAGAAGAUGCGUGGCUACGCGAUCGGUGUGAGCCCACAGUUUCUAAAGGAGUCUCUGCGUCUGGCGGAAGAAGACAAGUUGAUUCCGAACACCAAAGCGGUCUGCCCAGGUCGCGAUGGUCGCUAUCUAGAGACCAGACCCUUCGCCGAGGAUCUGCGCGACGCGUUUUUGCGAAAUGCAACCUCCUCGGACGUAUUACGGCCGACACACUGGUGGUACAACCUGGCAGGAAGUCAAACGUUCUAUCGGCAGGACUCGGACGUGAAGGGAGAGCUAUGCGCCGGAGAGCCAACGCUGGUGCCGCAAACGGGGUCUUACGCGGUGCUGCCGGCCACACCACAGGCCGCUCCGGGUGUCGCACCGCCAGGGGUGCUUGCGUAACGAGACGACCGCCGACCACUUCGCCGUUUGAAAAGCAGCACCCACAUUUUGAAGAUACGCGAUGGCGGCGUUUUUUCCAGGGUUCGCGGGCCACUCAAAAGAGGCGCUCAACGUCGUGCCUACUGGCCCUUUCUAGACAGAAGGGAAGGAUGCCCAGUUCACUCCGGAUAUGCAGACAGCGUUCUUGUCGCAGCAGCACAGCGGGACAUCAGCGGAAGCGCACGUUGCACUCGGUGUCGUCGACGCCGAUGAUUGCGUGCCCCGAGACGCGAGUAACUCCUUCCGCGCGUGUACGAGAAGAAAGAUACAAGAGUUCGGUACGGAAAAAGCACAUGAAAGAAUCACCCUAGUUCGCAUAAGCUCACUCAACAGCGAAUUGCAUGCGUUCGUCGAAACUUUCAGUCUCGAGCUAGCGACCGGGCGCGGCUUUCAUGAAAUUUUGAAAGGUGCACGUCUACUGCGUACAUUACAGCCCCACGAGGACAGCGUCGAAGACCAUGAGUCAUACGAGCAACUGAACACAAGUCACUUUAACGGACAGCAAUAUGACGAAAAUACGAGGGCAGCACGUUCGAAGAGCGCGCAGUGUGGUCGAAAAUGGCCCGUUGAAAAUAGUUGCCACGUACACUCUACUGAAAUCUUGUGUGAAAGUUGCCAGUGUGUAUUACAAGAAGUCAAGAAUCGGUAUUCAUGUCGGAAGCGACUCAUGUGUUGAUUGUUCCUCGGUCGGAGACGCAAAACUGAACUUCUAAAGAAAGCUUAU